CGGGCGCGAUGCAGCGGCGGCGGCGGCGGCGGCGGGGGGCUGCGCGGCGCGCCCGGCAGUCGCUCGCGGGACGCGGCGGCGCGCCGGUGUCAGCUGCCCACGCCCGCGCCGCACGUGUGAAGCACAUGCAUCUCUCAUUCACACCAUCCACCGACUAAAACUUUAACCGCAGUUUGCCCGGCCCGCCCGGAAGCGCGCGCCUCUCACGACUGCUCCUUCGGCUUCCUAUAUACCCGCAUUUGAACCGCGGAGAUCUUCUUCUGAGGUGACGACGACGAGCAUCGCGUGUGAAUCAGACUCUUCACUCGAAUAGACAUUGAAUCGUACGCGGAUGGUACGGUCGCGCCAACCGCUCGCCGAUUUCAUAUUUCGAACACAACGAGCUCAAUAAAAUUCAUUCUUCAUUUUUCUUUUCUUAAAAAUCAAAGACAAGCUAGCUAACCGUGUCACUGGUUUAAGUUUGGAACGUUCGUGUUCUUAAAUUAGUUAUUAGUUUUUUUAUUGCAGUUAAAACCAGCCAGUCAUAUCGCUCGUUCCAUGGCUUAGUGCAUCGUUAAAAUAACUAUUUAUUGUGUAUGAAAUAACUUGUUUUUUUCAGUGUUUUGUGAACAUAAUUGUGAGUGUAGUGUUGUUUAUUAAAAGGCGACUCCUGUUUCUUCGAUUAUGAUUUAAAGUGAUGGGUCAGGCAGCGCGCCUGGCGGCAGCGUGCGGCGCCGCGGCGGCGUAGCGCGGCGCGGUGGCGGCAGCGGCGGCGUCGCAUGCACGCCACCGGGCACACGGACCGCUCGGGCGGCGGCGGCGGCUCCUGGCGGCUCCCGCCCGACGAGACUCUGCAGGUCGCCGACCCCAAGGCCGCCAAGGACGACGAGCUGUACCCGGGCGAUGGCCACAACUGGAAGAGCAUCGUGUUCUCGUUGAUGGUCAUCGGCUGCGUCAUCGCGGGCAUUGUUACAGCUAUCUACUUGUUAGGCUAUGUGGACGAGCUCCUCUACUGGUCGGGGCGGCGCAUGCGGCUCGAGGAGUUCCUGCGCGGAGACCUCGCCUCCCCGCGACUGCCGACGACCUGGGUGUCCCCGCACCAGCUGGUGUACCAGGCCGACGACGGCGGCCUGCUGGCGUUGGACACGCUGAACAACACGCUCACUGUGCUUGUCACCAAUCAUACGCUCAGGCAACUGAAUGUGAGAGGGUACCAAUGCUCUCCCGAUCUACGGUUCGUGCUCUUCCAACACAAUAUCAAAGAGGUUUAUCGGCGGACGUUCACAGCUCACUACACCGUUUAUGACGUCACAAAUGACCACCACAUGCCAGUGCUGGGCGAGGGCGAGGGCGCGACGCCGGCGUGGCAACACGGCGCGUGGCUCGGCCCCCACGGCGCCCUGCUGCUCGCCGCGGACAACGAGGUGCUGGCGCGGCCCGGCCCGCCCGCCAAGCGAGCCCCACUGCUGCGGCUCACCAACGACGGCGUGCCGGGGAGGGUGUACAAUGGCGUGUCGGAUUGGUUGUAUCAAGAGGAGAUGACGAAGGUAGCGUCAGCAACGUGGGGCUCGGCCGACGGGACGCUAGUCAUGUACGUGCAGUACGACGACAGCCUGGUGUCGGUGCUGCGGUUCCCGAUGAUGGCCGGGGGCUUCGGCGGCGGCGGCGUGUCGCGGUCCGGGGUGCUGCUGUCGCUCAACCAGAGCGGCGCCACGUCGUUUCCCGAUCAGAUGAGCAUCAGGUAUCCUACGCCUGGCAGUCCAAUCCCGAAGGUGAAGUUGUGGAUAGUGGCCGUGCAGAACACCACGUCGCCGCCGCGCUGGGAGGUCAAGCCGCCGAGCUCGCUGGACGGAAUGGAAUACUACCUGAUAUCAGCGCAGUGGGUGGGCACCCAGAACUCGCACGUGGGCGUGGUGUGGAUGAACCGCGCGCAGAACCUCACCGUUUAUAGCAGCUGCUACACACCCAACUGGGCUUGUACGGAGACCCAUUCCGAAAAAGCUACCGACGAGCCCUGGCUAGAAGUGCACGAGCAGCCCGUCUACUCCUCCGACGGCAGCGCCUUCCUCCUGCUAGCGGGGGUGCAGGAGGGGGGCGGGCAGCACUACACACACAUCAAGCACGUAGAUGUGCUGCGCCAGCGCAUGGCAGUGCUGUCUCAUGGCAAGGUCGAGGUGGCCGAGAUACUCGCCUGGGAUCAGGAGAAUCACUUAGUUUAUUAUUUAGGUUUAGAUAAAGAAAAAAAGUAUAUUCCUAAACUACACCCUGAACUGGUGAAGAAAGCAAAUCAAAGUAGUGCAGAUAGACCAGGACAACGCCACGUUUAUGUGGUGAGGGACCCUGGAUACACUGGGGGCAGUAACUCAGUGAGAGCGAGGGCUGAACGCGAGGAGCCCAGAUGCCUGACAUGCGAGCCAGCCGUCUGGCCCGCAAGACUGCAUUACGCCAACUGCUCGUUCUGGAGAGCCAAGUUUGCGCCGUCCAGAAAGGGAGUUGGGGUCAGGCAUUAUGUGCUGGAAUGCGGAGGGCCUGGUCCGCCUUUAGCUGGUCUGCAUGACGCUAGAACUCAUAAGCUAGAAAGAAUAUUGUAUGACACGAGGCCUUAUAGAUCGAACAGACUCCAGGAGCUGGCGCUUCCCUCGCAGCGGUCGUUCGACGUGCAGCUCAGCUCGGGCUCCAAGGCGCGGGUGCAGCUGCUGCUGCCGCCGUCCUGGAGAGAGGAGCUGAGGGACGCCGCCUUCCCUGUGCUUGUCCAUGUAGACGGCAAGCCCGGCAGCCAGCAAGUGACGGACGAGUUCCUGGUAGACUGGGGCACGUACAUGUCGUCCCGCAACGACGUGGUGUAUGUCAAGCUGGACGUGGCGGGAGCUAGAGGACUGCCGAAUGCGCUACUCGAAGGCAGGCUCGGCGGCGUCGAGGUGGCUGACCAGCUCGCUGUUAUUAGGUAUUUACUAGACACGUUCAAGUUCCUGGACGUGACCCGCGUGGCGGUGUGGGGCUGGGGCUACGGCGGCUACGUGACCGCCAUGCUGCUGGGCUCGCAGCAGGCCGUGCUCAAGUGCGGCAUCGCCGUGUCGCCGGUCACCGACUGGCUGUAUUAUAACGCGGCGUUCACGGAGCGCAUCCUCGGCGAGCCGUCCAUCAACUACAAGGGCUACGUGGAGGCGGACGCCACGCAGCGCGCGCACCACGUGCCGCCGCACGCGCUGUACCUGCUGCACGGGCUGGCCGACAUGACGGCGCCGUACCCUCAUGCUCUGACGCUGGCUAGAGCGCUGACGGAGGCUGGGGUGCUGUUCCGGUAUCAGACGUACGCAGACGAGGGUCACGAGCUGAAAGGCGUGAUCGAGCACGUGUACCGCUCCAUGGAGGACUACCUGCGCGAGUGCCUCUCCCUCGACCCAGAGGACACCAAACUGCCUCCUCCCGACAGAUAAGGGCAUACCGCACUCGCCUUAGUCCUCGUAGCAACAGGUGGAAGAAACAGACGACGACUCCGUGACGCUUGUAAAAGAUGUCAAGUCCAAGCCAAACCUCUUAGUUAUAAGUGGCCGGUCGAUUGAGGUUUUAACAUGCACUUCUAUGAUAAAGAACUCUGUAAAUAUGUACAUGAGAUAGUGCUUUAAAUAAUGUGUUCCCUCGAUAUUUGCGUUGAAGCCUUUAGUCUAAUGUUAGUUUGUUAUAGUGACGUGAUUAUCAAGUGCGGGCUAUGCGUUAAUUAUUAAGAAAUGUACCGAUUUCGAUACAAAUUACAAGUCCGUUCAGUACGAAUUUUAGAUUGUAAUCUUCAUCCAUUAAUCGCUUAUAAACUGCCUUCCUAACUAUUCAUAUACCUUUUCGAAGACUAGAAAGAUAAUAAAAUGUACUUUGUACAAUGGAGGAGAGACUCUAUCUGCAGCG